UCCUAAAGAAUAUUGCAUCUACAAUGAAUGAAUAAAUAAAAAAAUAAUAAUUAUCUCGAAAGUUUCACUUCCACUGAUAUGGAAGAUUAUGAUAUAUUUUCUGUACGAUUUAUGAUUAUAUUCUUACCUUUCAAAUGGUAAGGUACCAAAUAUUUGUAUGUUCUUUUAAUAGAGUAAAUUUAAAAACUAUUAAUUGGAUUAUCUUGUUCAACAUUUUGUAAAGGCACCUAUUUGGAAGCACGUGCUAAUCGUUCUUACAAAGAAUUAUCUUAUAGAAUGUGUUUUUAUUUUCUUGUUGUAUUAUAACAAUAUGAGAAUUGAAACAUUUGUUUCUUAAAACACUUGUGCAUCAUAAAAUCCCCCCACCUUAGAUAAAAAAUAUCUUAUAUCUUAUUAAAAUUUACCUGUUAUUUUGCAACCCCUUUCAAACAAACACGAAAUGUGAGUAACAAAUACAUAAAAAUAUUUAGCAUAAGGUGUCUUUUUCCGGAAAUAACAAUAGUUUUGAAAAAGUUUUAAUGCCCCAUACCCAUUAACUAUACCAACCAUUCAUUUAUCCAUGCUUGCAGACAAUUUUCUUAUACAUAGAUAUAAAAAAGAAAAGGUGAAAAUUUAUUUAUUUCCAAACGAAAACCGUUAACAGAAACAACCACCAACCAAUAAACAACAAUACAAAAUUGUUAAAAAUCGCCAACUGCAACACGCAAUAUUCAAAGGAUAAUCAAAUGAAAUGAUAAAUGAACUAAACAAAAAAUAUAUAUUAUACCUACAAAAUAAACAACUGUUUGAUGAAAAAUCCAACGAAACAAAAAAAAGAAACAUAAAUAAACACAAAAUUAUAUUUUUUUUGAAUAAUAAAAUAAUAAAAAAAAGAAAAUACAAACUCAUACUAGGACAAAAACAACAACAACACGCACACUUUUACCCAAACCCUUACAGGUGAACAAAACAUACAUCUAUUCGCUUGCUUGCUUGCUUACUUCCUUGCCAUUCUUAAUGUUAUUGUGACACACAUACACAUGCUCUCUGUUUGAACCAUGUUUAGUGUAAUUAUUGCUGUUUCAUUUUCAAAACUAGACAAGUGCAUUUUGAUCGUCAACGUUUAAAUAAAACGUCGCUCGGUUAGGCGAAAUGUGAAAUCAACGAAGCGUAAUAAACAACCACCGAAAUUAGGAGUAUGUGUAUUAUUUUAUAGGCAAUUGUUAUUUGUAAUAAGCCAAUUGUUGUUGUUUUUGUUAUUGCUGUUGUUGUUGUUGGUUACCUAGCCAACGGCAGGAACAAAACAGUGAAAAUUCUAUACUAUAAUCAGCAUUUGGAAAAAUCCUUAAAAUUAUUUGUAAACGAACGUUAUAACACGUAAGAAUAACGUCACUUUUUUCCUUAAACGAACCUAAAAACAGAAGAACAAAAGAUAUACUUUAGUAUUCCAUAGUUUAAGAGGAUAGUUAUAGAACAAGGACUCCAAUAUGACCACCAGAUUGGCAGCGCCUAGAAAUUUUGUUUUAACAUCGACAGCGACAGCCGGAAUAAUAAAUUCUCCUACUUUGAGUGUUGUGUCCCCAGAAACGGAUACUAUAACAACCGAGUCAACGGUUUUGCCAUGUGUCGUCAAUACUACAACCGAUUCAGCGGCAAUCGUGGUAACUAGGGACCCCUCGUCUUCUUGUCAGAACGCACAACAAGAAGUGUAUCAGUAUAUUACUGCCGAAUCUUUGCAAGAUGUUAUGACAACGCACAAAGUAUUCGCCAGCAUUGAGCAGGAUUAUCAUCAUCAUCAUCAACAACAGCAAUAUACUGGUGGUCAUUUGCAUCAAGAGCAGUCUCAUCAACAGCAAAUACAGCAGCAGCACCAGCAACAACAGGAACAAGAAGAAUUAGCCGUCAUAAAUGUGGUAGUUCCCAUGGAUAAUAAUGACACUUCCAGUAAUGAAGCCCAAGCCACCAUGGAUACUUUGGCUGGCAUUAAGGAAGGUGUAGUCGAUUUGGUUCAUCAUGCUGAACAGGAGGAAGGUUGUCCACAAUAUAUUACUGUCACUGUAUCUACACAAGAUGCCGGACAAAAUUAUCAAGUGCAAUAUGUAGAUGCUGAGGAAUUAUAUCAGGCUACCAAUGGCACUCAAACUCAAAUCACUUAUCCUUUCUGUCCCAUACAAGAAUAUCAAACAAAUCAAUCGACAUUUUACACCACCUCCGCAGGGAACUUUAGUAAUAAUGGUUCACAAUUAACCGGAAAUAAUACGGACAAUGCCACUACAUUUUUGCCUUAUUUGGUGCCUGUGGAAGAAGGCAUGUUAAUUAAUACUUCCUCUGAGGAUUUGCAAAGUUCACCUCAGACGCCCAAUUCAUCUACUCACACCAUGGGCGGAACACAAUGUAUGAAUUCGGCCAAUGAACAUGAAAUGGAUGAUAAUUCCAUGGAAACAGAUGUAAAUCAUAUGGGUGGUACGAGUAAAAUUGCCUCAGCCACCAUUAAAUGGUUGUCCCAGAACUACGAGACCGCUGAGGGUGUAAGUCUGCCAAGAUCUACGCUCUACAAUCAUUAUAUACAACACUGCAAUGAAUCCAAAAUAGAACCAGUAAAUGCUGCUAGUUUUGGCAAGUUAAUAAGAUCUGUGUUUGCAGGUUUGCGUACCCGUCGCUUGGGAACUCGUGGCAAUUCCAAAUAUCAUUAUUACGGCAUACGUAUUAAACCGGACUCUAUGCUGAAACAUCAACAAAGUCAAGAAGAUAUUUCCACUUCUCCCUCAAAAACAACUUCCUCCCAGAUAACUCAAAAUUCUAUUAAGCAAAACACCAACAACAAUAACCAAGCAUCAACAUCCAGCUGUAAUACAAGUCACAAACCUACACAUGGCAACAAAUCGUUGAAAAAACUAAUUUUCAAACCGGAAUCUUAUGCUGCGUGUGCUCAAUAUUUAGGUGAUGGCACAGGUGCCUUACCCUCUUUCCCUUUGCUAGAACUUGAUCACACUUGCCCAGCGGAAAUAAGUUCACAGGAUUUAGAACUAUUUCGUCUGAAAUAUCAAGAGCAUUGUGAAAAGUUUUUAGAUGCCAUUGUCAAUUUGGAAUUUAAUACCAUAGAAUAUUUGUGGCGCGAAUUUUGGUCCACCGAUCAUCAUGAUUCGCUGCAUAAUUUAACGCGUCCCAAAUUGCAAUUACUUUGUCUUUCGUCACCCGUACAGAAACUUGUGCGCAAUAUUGAUUAUCAAUUCUUUCAAAAUAUGGUCGAUGUUCUAAUGCCCGAUGUCUUGAGAUCCACACCCAAUGCCUUAACACAGGCCAUACGAAGUUUGGCAAAAAAUAUGGAAGCCUGGAUAUGCGAAUCCAUGUUGGGUAUACCCGAUCAAAUGGUACAAAUAAAAACUACCACUGUUUCGGCAUUCUGUCAAACUCUUAAACGUUAUACCUCGCUCAAUCACUUGGCACAGGCUGCUCGAGCUGUACUCCAUAAUAGUAAUCAAAUUACUCAAAUGUUAACCGAUUUAAAUCGUGUGGAUUUUCAAAAUGUACAAGAGCAGGCUGCCUGGGUUUGUCAGUGUGAUCCGUCUAUGGUUCAAAGGGUAAAAAAUGAUUUUAAGGCUACCCUACAGCAACAGAGUUCGUUGGAGCAAUGGGCCUCUUGGCUGCAAUUGGUGGUGGAUUCUGCUCUUCAGGAAUAUCGUGGUAAACCUUCUUACCCUAAGGCCGCACGUCAGUUUCUUUUAAAGUGGAGUUUUUACAGUUCUCUAGUUAUAAGAGAUUUAACUUUAAGAUCAGCACCCAGUUUUGGUAGUUUUCAUUUGAUACGUUUACUCUACGAUGAAUAUAUGUUCUAUGUGGUGGAAAAUAAAAUAGCUGAAGCUCAAGAAAAGACCGCUAUAGCGGUUAUAUGUGAUCGUUUACAAAAAGAUGAUGUUAAUUUUGAAUUGGACUAUCAAUUGGAAUUAAUAGCGGCUGAUGUAACAAAUACAGAGCCUCCCGUAAAACGCAUGAAACAAGAGUAAAUUUUAAAUUAAAAAAGCAACAAAAAAACAAAAACAAAGCAAUAUAAAAGCAAUUUUAAAUUUGUAUUAAAAAAUUGCUUAUGGUUACUUACUUUUACAUUAAGUAUUUUAUCUUUCAAAUAUUAUAUUAACUUGGUGGCCUUGUGUGCAAUAUAAAGUGCCUUCAAUAUCUUAAUGCUCAAACAUAACUUAUAUAUUUAUUAUAUCAUAUUUAUCUAAUGGCUCAAUUUACAUACGUAUAUGUAUUACGAAACUUGAUCUAGUCCCCCUCAAUAUUUUAUAAGUAUUUAACUUUAAAUUGUGCAAAAUAAUAUUGUAUUAUUCAAAUAAAUAAGUU